CAUUAUAUAAAGCGCAAAUCACAGAACCAAAAAGCAAAUUAAAGCAAAAGAAAGAAUUAGAAAAACACGGUACAUACAGUUAAAAGAUGGAGAAGAUACGACUGGAUGCUUCAGCUUAUUACAGAAACUUGGCAACUGCAGAUAAGCAAAUGGCAAUCAAUGGGUUCAAUUUAAUGGAUAAAACUGGAAAUGGAAAAAUUAGCCUCAGGCGAUAUUCAGAAUACUUCAAACAAAGAGGGCUUGUAGAGCUUACUUAUCCGGAAUUUUUCAAAGCAUUGGAUUCAAAUGGAGAUGACCGGCUUGAUUUCGAUGAAUUUAUCACUGUCUACUACCUCUGCAUGAAUAAUAAACUGAUAUUCUGUGAAGAAUGUAUGGUGUUUCUAUCUGGGUCGUACAUGAGUUGCCUUCAAUGCUUCAAUAGUGGUUCUGAACCCUAUAAUGUUUGUUGUGCUUGUUAUCGCAAAAACAACAUUGAUCAUCACAAGGAUGCUACCUUUGUCGAUAAUCAAAAACUCAAGAACUCUGCAAAUAAUAACGGCUCCGCAGGUCAAAGCUUUGGUAGUGAGAAAAUAACAACGAGGGAUAAGCUUACAGCAGCUAUAUUAGGGGUUUCAGCGGUGAAUUUAGGAAUAAAUACUGCAAAGUUUGCAACGACUAGUGGACCAGAAUUAUGGGAAAAUGCAAAACACGCUUUUGAUCAUCCCCUUCAAAACCCUUCAGAAGCUGCUCAAAUACCCGCAUUCAACUUGUCCGACCAUAGAAGAAAUGCGGUUAAUUCCACUGUAUUCAACUCGUCUAGUCAUGGAACUAAUGCCGCUAAAACUGCAAAAUACUCGUCUGAUAAUGCUGAAGCUGCGUCCAGCCUUUCUGACCAGAUGAGUAAUGUUCUUGAAGGUGCAUCAUCGUGUUCUGUUAUGUAAAAUAUGAUUUAGCAGUUAAAACAAACAGAGCUGUAAAACCAUAUCUAGCAGCCCUAGAUAAAAAGAAAACUGUACAGCUUUUAGCAGUUGGGUACAAUUGGCUUAUUUUACUCUUAUAAUAACUCUCACGGGAAACAUCUCUUCAUUAAUAAGAAUGUUGAUGCUCAUGAAUUCACUAUUUGCCUUCUUGUUAUGACA